UUCAAAAACAAGAAACAGCUAAUCGCGGAAGUAUAACCAUGUUUUUAACUAAUGUUGUAGAUAGUCCUAUUUCAAAAGGCUAUGAAUUCAACAGUUGCUUUAUUUUUUACGAUUUUUAUGGUUUUUAUUUUCGGUUCAAAUGCUCUGGAGUACUCUAAUCGAUGGACAGUGCAAAUUGAUGGCGACAAUUACGAGGCUGAUAGACUGGCUCGAAAAUAUGGCUUUGUAAAUCACGGCAAGGUAGGUACUACGAUAUUGCGGCAGUUUUCAAUAUUAUGACAAGUUUCUGACAACAUUCUUUAAGUGUAGAUUCACACAUCCCUAGUUAUCGAUGACGAACAGUCAGGUAGUGUUCUUGUUCCGUAAUCCACAAUAAACGCUCGGUCUUGUCAAAAGCUUGAAACUUACGACGUUUUUGAGGAAAAGUGGACGAUCGAAAUUGAUGAAAUUAAUAGAAAAUGUAAAGUAAACCUGCUUAUCUUUCCAAGAUGACUUGAUGGUGAAACCCACUCUGAAUGCAGCUACAACGUAGCUAGCUGUCAAAGAUUGCUAUUGAUCUGUUGCAUGUAUGACAAAUAUGAAUAAUUAAUGAAUUAGGAAAAAAUUGUGUCGUAAAACCCUAAGAGUAUUUUAGCCUGUGCAGGGCAUGACAAGCCAACAGCUUUAUUGUUUUGAGAAUCGAUAUCAAACAAUGAAGGGAGAUAUAUAAUUUCAUCUUGCAGAACUCAUUAUGCACUUGUCACUUGACACCCUUGUACCCCCUACCCCCCCUCCCCAACCACCCUCUCUGGGCUGACUUGGGCAUUCACUUUUUAUGCGAGUGAAAGCAAUUUAAUUCUCCGCUCUCUAGGGCCAAAGUGAAUGAUGAACUCCCUUUGCUUCCAUAUGUCCUACGUACAAGGCACAACUGUCCUCCCUUUUUUAAAACUGUCUACUAAUCUUGUUAUCGUCAAACGUAACAAGGGAUGACAAAUGAUAUGAUGAUAGCUGUUAAAAAACAUGUUGAAAAAAUGAAGACUAUCUGAAGACUUUACAACUUGAAGUCACAAAAUAUGAGAUAAAAGGGCUGAAAAUAACAGACAGCGGGUCGGCGGUCAUGAUGACUGGCCAAAUAUUUUUUAGCCCGGACAAACCUCGAUUCUGGCCGGUCAAAUAAUGAAUGCUAAUUUUUUCUUGGCCUAAGGAAUAUUGAACUGCACUGGCAAUUGAUUGUUUUACAACAUUAACGUUCUGCUUUUUGGGGGGAGGUUGGUGAAAAGUGUUUUCACACGCUGCACAGUUCCUUUCUGCGGUUUUUGCGCAUUUUAAUGUCCGUUCUACCUUAACUAUCAUCGUACGGCGGUGUCUAAAACUUGUCUCUAAAGGUAAAAAGUGAAGCGUAAAUCCUUUUCAAACUCUCGAGGUUCAGGAGAUGCAAUACACAUACAGUUAAACAAACUUUAGGAAUUACGAAAAAAAUAAUUUGGGUUAUUAACGAACAAAAUCUGCACACAUUUGUUUCGCGUCCUAUUGUCUGCAUGGAUGUUCAGAAAUGAACAUCGGUGAAACUUGAUCUUUUUUGUUGCCUGGCACGUGAUCAAAAGUCUCCUCCCCAAAGAAGAAACGUAGCCUGAAUGUCAUUUGCAUUUGUCAGUGCAUUUGACCAAACGGUUAACUUUCCUUUAGUUUUCUAACAGAUAACGGAUUAUCUUUAGUGUAUGUUUUCCCAAAGAAGCUCUCACAUCACUGGUUACAGCAAAGCAGAAAGUAUAGUACGACCUGCAUCGUUGCAUUACUCCACAACUCAGUUUGUUGUUGUUUUGCUUUGUUGUUAAGACAUGAUGACAUGAAAUGUAUUGCAGUGUUCCUUUUCUUAAAAGGUUUUGGUGCAAGGCAGCAAAAAACGCCAAAGUUAAAAGGAAACCAUUUCAGCAUUAUAGAGCAAAAUGCAUUAAGCGACAACUGUAUGGAAAAUAAAAUGUUCGUAUCUAAAAAUGACCGGUCAAAAUGACCAGCAAGACGAGAAUUUGACCAGUCAAGUCUGCGAUCAGGCCAGACAUUGUCCAUUGACUGGCCAUUAUUUUCAGCCCAGAUAACAAAAAAUUACAAGUCAUGUUUUUCAGUCUUCUGGAGUUUUUAUAGAAUGAUUCAAUGAUUAUAAGUGUCUUUCUUGUCAUUUCCAUGAUACAGCUACUUAAUUGGAGCACUUAAUUAUACAGGAAAAAAUAAGCCACGUGUUGUGAACUUCUUGGAAAAUGGCACAAAAAAUGUGUUCAUGUCUUUAAAUAAUUUGUGACUCAUCCAAGACACUCCUUAUAUGCUUGUAUAUAUUAAAUGGUAAAGUUUGUGUCUUAUUUAAGAUGUGUCUAAUUAUGUAAGCGGCCUUCAAAGACAGUCUUUGCAAAGCACAUUUCUUAGUUCUGAGAAGGAAAUAUGAAAAUGAAUACAGUGCGAAAAUGAAAACACUGACCACAAAGUGAGUGCCUCACUUAUUGCCCGGUUAGGGAGGCAAAGACUGUUAUUUCUAUUAUAUCCCCCACCUACAUGUACUGGGGAACAAAAAUGGAGUGAUUAUGAAGUGAAAGGUCCCUCACCUGCUCAUACCAUCCAUGUGGUACCAUGGCCAAUGCAGUAAUAGCUAGACCAGAUGAAACUUACAAUGUGUCAAGUUGUUGUUGUCCUUAAUAUGCACAUGAAGUUUUGGGAAAAAUAGCCUCCCUCAUCUUUCCAACAUAGUAAAGUGGCAAGGUAGGAGGCAGACGGCAGCGUCAGGGCUCCAAUCAACCCUAAAUCAGCACAAUUUUUUUUCACGAAAAUCGAAUCCAGGCGCUAAAUAAACAUGUGGAGCUCCUGGAAUAUGAAUUUCUCUAAACUACAAAUCCACUGAAGCAUCUGCAGCUAGCUAUGCGAAGCCAGCAGGCUCCGUGGAACUCGUACGUUAAGCUACUAAAGUGGUGGCCUGAAGCUAUUAGGAUCACACAACUGGCAUGGUCCAAUUCAAAACUGGCACUGAGCUCGGGGCACCUGGUGACGAGUAUAAUAAGUCCCUGUGGAGGGAAGGGAGUGUAGUCGGACAAUGAGUUAAUUCUUUUAGCACUCUGGGACUCCCUUCCCUCCACACGGACUUAUCUUACUCACCCACGUUUCACUAACAGAGUAAUUGUGGGGAUAGUUUUGAAGAAGUUAUGGUAAUUCCUGUCUUCCUGGUGGAUGCUACAUGACCUUGAAUUCAAAACAUUUUGAAAGUAGCAUUCAGUAAUCAAAUAAAAAACAUCUAGCUGAAGCUUUAAGGUAGAAAAGUUUAUGAUAUUGCCAAUGCACAAAUUAGCUGAAUAACUUUGAAACAUUCAGCUAGAUUGGAGUUACUGAUUUGGUUAUGUAAUGUUGUGGUGCUGACAAAAUGUUUAAUAUCAAAAAUGUAUGUCUGUUCCAUAAUUUUUUGGAUGAAAAACUGAUUACUCAGUUUUUUGCUACUCACAUGUAAAGCACCCAGCUGUAAUUAGCUAAAUAAACUCCCUUCAAGGUCUCAAUUUUAAAUGAUCAAUGAUCAACUUGUACAUCAUUUUAUAAAGACAAGUUUUAGGUGACUUUUUUAACUUAUAUUUAGAGGAAGCCAUUGUAAUUAAUUGUUAUUUUCUUUUUUGUAGAUCAUCGAUGACUACUACAGUUUUCAAAAUCAGAAGGUGAAAAGAGAGUCCAGACAUUUCAGUGCCUCUCUUCAUGAAGGGCUUUCGAUGGAACCGAAAGUAAAUACUUUAAACUUAAUUUUUGGAGUUCAAUUGUCAGUCUUUCAUUUUAUAUUUUAUACUAGUGAUGUGAUCUCAAUUAUAAUAACAUGUGAACGUAUGUAUAGUACUGACGGUGAAACUGUAGAUUGCAUUGUUUAAGAAAAUAUCCAUGCUUGAGUGUUUGGCUUGAACCCAUCCCCUUCAGAAAUUCCAGUUUUGCUAUAUAUUUUCCUUUAAAUUUUCUUUUGAAGACCCACCUUCCUCUUAGUGGGGUUUGGUAAGGCUAUUUUCAACAACACUUCUCUGCUCCAAAUAAAUUUUCAUACAGGUGAUUACAACCUAAAUUAUUUUGGUAUAAAAUUUGCAAAGCACACAUAUUAUUGUUGCAUGGCUUAAAAUGUGAUUCAGCAAACCAGCUGUAGAAAGUAUAUACAUGGGUAUUUUUUUACGUCCCCUAGUACAGCAGUAAUAGUAGUUACCAUGGUAGUAAGGAUACAAUCAUGUACAUUAUAGGGGCUGAAUAGGCAGAUCCAUGGAGGACCCUGGGGUGAUGUGCCCUCCCCCUACUUAAAUAUUGUUUUCAGAUCAUAGAAUGGUUUGGCUCUCCUGGCUUCCUCCAGUGUAGCUAAGUAGUGCCCAUGAAGCAACCCACUGAUGACCAGUGAAUUCCUUUCCACUCCAACUCAAGGAAUCAUGAUAGGCUUGCACAAUGCUCAAAAUGGCGCCUGAUUCAGUUGCUGAUGUGCCUAAGUUUACCAUGCAUAUGCUGGUGACCAAAAAAUUAAGGUUCAAAAGUUUGUCACCACGUUGGUGACCAGAACACAUCCUACUUUUAUGUAUUGUGCGAUUAAAUAAAGCUUGUAGAUGAAUUUGCAUAAACAACCAAGGAACUCUACGAAGUGAACAUGUCAACGUCCGCCAUCUUGCGUUUUUCCAAAAGUAACGUUGUAUAUUGUGGAGUGAAAUGUCCCUUUUUCUAAAAAGGUGUAUUGUGGGCUCACAACAUUCAGUUCUUUUCCAAUUCCAUGUGCUUUCACUUAAUAACUUUAUUAUGGAGUGAAUUCCAGUGUUUCAGUUAUUGACAGAAAUUGCAAUGAAUUAUAUUAUUAGUGUUUUUAGUAAGGUACAUGUAAUGCUGGAACACUAAAUCCAUUAAGCAUGGCUUGGAAGUAAAAUGACAUUUGAAAAUUUAUGGUUUAGAUAACUCGGGUAGAUGCUGAAACAAACAAAAUAGGACCUGUUUAUUUUAUUCUUCUGGUAGUUGCUGGAAAAACGCAACUUGUUACACUAAGUUUAUUUACCAAGGAGGCUGUGACUUGGAUAUUUUAAUUUGUAUGAUUGCUCAUCCCGAUCAAGUCGUUAUGUGCUGUGAAUUUUUCAUCCCUGGCUACUUAAUGAAUUAUAUUUUGUAAGCAAGGCAAGAAAGAACCACUGCAAAUAUAUUGAUAUAUGUGUGGAGAUUUGACAAGUUUCGUGCCCUGUGGGGUCUUGUACGUAUCUUUCAAAGUUCUUGUCUUUUAGCUGUGGAAAGGGUAAGGGCUGGUGAUCACUGAUGAUGUCAUCUCCAACCCGCUCACGAAUGGCUACCACCUGCUGGGCAAGAGGAUGGCUUAAGAUGUCAUUAGAGAAUAUGGUAUCCUGUUGCAUGCAUCAGUGAGGUCACAUGCACCCAUCUUAAAGUCAUCCUCUUGACCCCAAAUAGACCUUGUGCAUCUAGUCAAUAAUCUAUGCAUGAAUUCUAUUUUAGCAGUGAGUUAAGUUGCAUAAAUUGGUCUAAGUGAGACCAUAUUACUACUUUUGUGGCUUCAUCACAAUGUCAUUAAUUUAUGAGUCAGAAUAGACAUUAAAGACAAUUCAGUGAGUGAUGGCUUUAUCACUUCGUUUCAGGUUCAAAUGGUUGAACAGCAACUGUUGAAGUCUUUUAAGUUGCUCUCUGAGUCACAAGUCUAUCGUUUCAAUGAUCGAAGGUGGCCUGAUAUGUGGUAUAUUGUAAGUGCAACUGGUUAUGAUUUUUAUUGUAAUGCAGUUCCAAGAAAUUCAGGGCAAAUCAAACUCUUAUUGGAUUCAGCAUGUUGGUCCAAUAUAUUUUUAUUUAUUUAUUUUACAUUUGUCACAUAGAAUAAACAUUGCAAAACGAAAAAUGAAAAAAAAUAUAUAUAUAUAUAUAUAUAUUAUUACUAAGAUUGCACUUUUUAGAUAGAGUGGCGAGGAAGCCCAAUAGAAGCUAAAUAGCUUGUAGAAAAUAGGGCUCCUUAAAUUAAUUAUCAAAUAUAAUUAUCAUUCAGCAUUGAUGGGUGGUGUUGGAUCUGUUUGAUUGGUUAAUUAGUUCUAUAUACAUUGUUAGCCUUUUUUGAAGUACUUUCCUACCUUAACCUUUUUGUGGCUGGCGUUAUUUACAGAUGGCAUCUCACAAGGAACCUUUUUGUGCAGGUGACUUAAAACCAUCAGAACAUAACAUGAGCUAGAACCAUCACCUUGCAACUUUCAUCUGAGAUCAUGAGAAUAAAAUAUUUCAUUCACUAAACAUGUAUAUAUAAUUCAGUGUUUUUGUUAGAAACUCUAAUUUAGAUUAUGAUUGCAAUGCUAUAAUUGUCCUCUUCUUACAUUUUAUGCUUAAAGAAAAUGUUGUGAAGCAAGGGAAGCUUUUUUGUUGUAUCCAGAAUAGAGCUGAUGGACCUACAUACAACGUGAUUGACGCCUGGAACAGUAAUAUUACAGGCAAGGGAGUGGUUGUUGCUGUGGUAGAUGAAGGUUUUGACCCCCAACAUCCUGAAAUUUAUGACAACUAUUUGCAGGUAAGCCAGUACAUUUUAAACUCUGCAAAUGUUUAAAUUAGUCAUUCAGUUUUUAGUUCAUCUAUGUUUGACUUAUUAUAAAUUUUAAUCAUCUUUCUGAGGGCACAAACACUGUAUCAGUAAUACCAAUAGACUUGUGAGAGUAUUUGACAAAUGAGAGGAUUUUUAAGUGGAGAAUCACACAUAUGAGAUUGUUUCAGUCCCCUACUUUUCAUAAAGAUUGUCGAGUUGUUGGGCUUUCUACAGUGUGAUACCUGGUUAAUACGGAGCCCGAGGAGACAGACAUGUCCUAGUGUUCGUAUCAUCCAUGUGUGCGUAAAAGGGGGCUUGUUAAAAAAACUUAAAAUAUGUGUAACGCAAAGCCCAGGUAAAGGGCCAGGUCCGGGUUGUUCAAAGCUGGGUUAAGACAACCUAGGGUUAGUUAAAAAUUUAAAUUCAGAUAUGAAAGCUUAAAUUAAGUAAAUUCAGUUUAAUUCUUUUGUCAACAAGUUGAUGAUUGGAUGCUCUCAAAAAUAGAGAGAAAGUUAUCCGAGAAAAUGCUUUUGAAAAAGGAAAAUGAAACCCGGGUUAAAUUUAACCCGGGGUUAAGGGUUAAUUGGCCUUCAAACAACUGGGCCCAGGAGAAGAAAUAACGGGGGAAAACCCAAGAGAAAAAAAAAAUUGGAAAAUAUAAGAGUAAAAAAAAUACGGCUUGUCCAGAAUCAAACCCUUGGCCCCUAUCUUGAGUUAGGUCAGCACUUCCCUUGUCUCUACAUUACUACUCACAUUUGGUUUCUUAUAAACAAAAGUUAAGGUUUGGUGCAUUGUUUGAAUGAUGAGUUAAUCCUUUGAGGCAGUUCUCCCUUUACAACGAGUAUCAUCAAUCAACUUCAAAUACUAGCAUUUUUUAACUUGUUCUUCAUCACACGGAAGUGGAGGCGUGUGUCGCCGAGCGGUUAACACCUCAAACUCUACAUCUGUAGGUCCUGGGUUCAAACCUCGCCCGUCGCGUUGUUUCCUGAGACAAGGAACGUUACUCCACUUUGUCUCUCUUCACCAAGGUGUAUAAAUGGGUACAGGCCCCAUACUGCUGGGGGCUAACCCUACGAUGGACUAGUAUCCCGUCCAGGGGGGGAGUAGCAAUACUCCUAGGCUUGCUUCAUGCUACGGAAACCGGUAUAAGCUCCAGCCGUGUGGGCCUUUGGCUCGUGUGCGCCUUCACCUUACUUACCUUGCAUCACACGGAAAGCCUUGUCUAACAGCCUAAGGCUGAAAACUUAUUAUUAUUAUUAUUACAAUUAUAAUUAUAAUUACAAUUAUUACUAUUAUUAUUAUUAUUAUUUAUCCUUCACUUGCUUAUCAGGCUAUUUCUGAGUUCCAAAAACUGUCACUUUCAAAACGAGGCUAAGUGCAAAACCUUUCUUGUGAAAAUUAGCAAGUACAUCCUUAGCCUUGCACGCAGACGUUCUUAGGAGUUCGUCACGCGUUCCUUUGUGGGGCAGCAACGCGUGAAGAACCCCUAAGAACGUCUGCGUGGGAGGCUAGCACAUCCUAGUUCGUAAAAUUAAUUUUCUUUGCACUCUAAUUUGUAGGAUGGAAGCGCAAGUUUAGAUGUUGUCGACAAUGACACUUCUCCUUUACCAUCAAGUGGCGACCAGCUUCAUGGGUAUAAUUAUGACGAACAACGUGUUCAAUUUUUAAUCAUGGGGUAACAUGUAUUAAAUGAGCAAAGAAAAUAGUUGAACAUUUUGAUCCAACCUUUGCUGACGCUCGCUGGACAUCUUUGAGUCUCGACCGUUAAAUGGCCGUGCACCUUUUAAAUGUGUUAGACAAUAGUCUUUUUGGUAACAUGUUAUAUUUAGGGAUGUCCUUGUGAUUAAGACUCUGAAGUUUUGUUUAGUUUUGGUGCCAUACUUUUGUUUUUUUUUUAUGUUUUUUUUGUUGUUUUUUUUUCAUAAAAAAGAAUCCUUACUAAUUGAUCCUGUCUCAUUACAGCUGUAAUUUUAAUUGUAAAAUUACAGUGAUUAUUUACCAAUUAAUGAAUGAGGCUGAGUGUCUUAAGAAGAAUUAUGGAGUUAAGCAAUAGAAAACGUUUUCCGUGUUUGCAUAGCCUGAUAUAAACACGAGAGGGGUUGGGAGAAUUCGAGACAGUUAUCCAAACCCGAGACGAAGUCGAGGGUUUGCAUAAACGCCGAGAAUUCCCCCAACCCCUCGAGCGUUUAUAUCAGGCUAUGCAAACACAGGGAAAAAAGUUUUCUAUUGCUUUUAUAAAAUAACUUUACCGAGAAAAAAACUCAACAACUCUUUGUUAUGGCACUGAUUAAAACAGAAAUUCUUACCAGUCCCAAAGUCUGGUACACAAAGUCUUGCACGCGUAAUCAGUUCUUGUUCUGCAAAAAGAUGCUUUCCAAAAUACGGAUUUUUCUCGCUUAAAAUGUCAGCUUUAGCGAAAAAAAAUUGACACAGCUUGUUUGUAAAGAUUUUCCAACUUUCAGCCGACGAAGGAAUGGGUAAAUAAAGUAACCUUGUCGAGUUUUGAACUCAAAAACUUUUUCAAAUUCGUGCAUACGUGAUUAGCGCGCGAAAAGCAAAACAUCUUGACGUCACAAUCAUGUUUACAUACUCUCAUGCAAACACGCCUCUCGGCCAAUCAGAGCGCGCGUACUAUCUUAGCUAUUUUAUAGAUCGAAAUAACACCCUCUGAAAUCUCCAUAAUUCUUCAUAUGAUACGAAAGCUGAAUUCAAUAAUUGUUUUAUUAUUCAUUCAAAAUAAUUCCUAGGUUAAAAACAUACCGGCAAAACAUGCUUACCUCCCUCGAUGUUAAGUUCAUCUUCGAUAGUGGACAUUUAGAGUUAUUCAGCUCCGCAAAUAGUCUCCAAAUAGCAGAUGUCGCCCUUCGAGUUUUCUUCUUGCUGUUCUUGCCAUUUUUUUUAGCAAUUAUUUCGCCUAGGUCUUACUCUUGAAACGAGUGAAAUGUCCGCCAUUUUUGUUUUUACAACCAACACAACUUAACCUCGUCCACAGGUCUUCUCGGUUAACGAUGCAUUAACCUGCAAGGACGCUGCAAUUUUGACGUCAUCGGUUGAUUAAUCGCAAAAAUCUUCCAAAUUUUGUCAUCGGUAGCUGGUUGUGGUGAAUAAUGCGGGUGCUUUUAGCCAAUCGGGGAAAUAUUUGAAUGAAUAAUAAUAAAUUUUAUUUAGACAUGGUGAAAAGAGUGCAGGAGUAAUUUGUGCUGUGGCCAAUAACAGAGAAUGUGGUGUAGGACUGGCAUUCAAUGCCAAGCUUGGAGGUAAGUUUUGUGUAGGUGUCGAUUACUACCUUUCUCUUGUUAUUCUUAAAUGAAGUCAUAUAUCCUAAAUCUUGUGCAUAAUGCAGUAAAGAGAAGCUAAAACAUUUCUUGUAACUAACCAUUAGCCUACACAAGAGGCAUCUUGGCCGAACGGUUAGAGCGCUAGAGUAGCCAUUCAGAGGCCCUGCUGAGUUCAAGCCAUUGUUUUAGGGUCCGGAAACAAUAGCUACACUUGUAAAUUACACUUGUAAAAGUUUUAUUGAAUUGACCCUAGGUUUGUUGUAACCAUGUGUGAUUAUUAGUCUUUCUCAAGUGUAUGCGUUUGGCCCAGUCAGCGUUUGCGACAUGAUGUAACUGCUGCGGCCGGUACCAUCUCCUUUACUGACCCUUUACUGCUUGUGGUUGUCACUAAGCAUUUAUCUUUGGUUAUUCUUUUAAGGCAUUCGCCUGUUUUUUAAGGAGAAAGCAUCCGAUGCUGAUACCGCAAGAGCUCUCAACCACGCUACAAAUCUCAUUAACAUAUAUUCAAAUAGUUGGGGACCAAAUAGCAAGGGGCUUGAAGUUGAGGGCCCAGGUCCCUUGACUCAACGAGCAUUAAAAAGUGGCGCAGAAAGGGUGAGUUAAGUUACUUCUAAAUAACAUAUGAACCGGUGGUGGAAAUAUGGCAAAUACCAUUGGAAUUUUAUUAAGGUUAGUUCCUCGAUCUCAGAUAUAGCCUGCGAGCAAGCUCUCCAUUUGGGAGAUAUCGUGAAAAGUAGACGCGCGAGAAGCACGCGAGAGGAGAUGCUAAAGCCGGAGGCAGGGGAGAGAAAGGAGAGCGUGCAACGAUCACUCAUAAAUUUUCAUUUCCACCCCGGAAACCCCGGGACACUGCAAAGCGUGAAAACUGUCACCGCAGUUGGCCGCAGAUUAGAAAAAAAACAACCACCUGUCAAGAUUAGACAGCCGAGGGCGCGUAGAAUUUGUUUUUUUAUGAAUCGCUUUUGCAACAGCUUUCCACUCAUCAAAGUAAUGUUUUUGACCACUGAUAUUUUUUUAUCCAAGGGACAACGAACUUCAAUGUGUUCGCUCGGAUAAGAACUCGAUACUUUGAUUCUUAUUUCGUUUACAUUGAAAAGUCGUCCACGGCUCCCCGUUGCAAUCACCAACAUCGAUACAUUUGUCCGUUCCGGAACUGGAGAACAACGUUUUCCUGGACUAGGUUUCUUACUUUUUAGACCAGUUGCUUCCUACUCUUUCUCUUAUACUUCUUGACGGUCAAGCUAAACAGGCUACAUUGUCAUGUACAUGUUUCUGAAUUUUUCUACUCAGUGGAAUUCAGUCGGGUGAAGAAACCGACGUUGGAAGGCAGCGCUUGAACCGGGCGCUUGAAUCUCUCUUCACUUUCUCUCUUCUCGUUUCCAGAACUAAACAAGGCGCUUGACACAAACGAAUACCACUGAUGAAGGGUACUGAUUUUCAUUCCAAGAGAACUACAAACUCGGUACGACUUAUCCUCGGCUCGCAAUAUGCUAUUGGCAAUCCAACACUUUCACACGUACAGCUUUGCACCAAUUACCUCAAACGCAACGUCGUUCCCAGGGUUCUCUCCUACCCCUAAGUAGGGCGGGUAGGAGAGAACCCUGGGAACGAGGUUGAGCGAUAUUUUCUACCUCUGCCAGUCAUCUUUUAGGGAGUGAGUUCAGCGAUCGCUUCGCUGCUCGCUCGCGCGUUCUCGCUUCGUUCGCCCAAAUAUGAGAGCUUGCUCGCAGGCUAUCUCAGAUACAGUCGAAGCUCUCCUUGCAGCCAGUUUCGUAAGCGACCAGCUCUAGUUACGACCACCUUUGUGAAACCCCGUUUAAACUCUGACUUAAACUUUGUAAUGAAAAGCUCUCGUGUGUGACCGCGAUCGCUUUUGGGAUUACCCAAUCGGACUUUUCCUUUGUUUUUAAGCUCUCGUAAGCAACCACUCAGAGUCUUGUUCAUAUACAUCCGUCAACACCCGUUAAAACACGAACUGUGGGUUUAUUGAACGGCUUCAAAAUCUUGUGAUCUAGAUCAACUCAUUCUGGCACUAAUAUUUGGAUUUGGGGUUAUUUUGUUCUAAAGAAUUAGAAGUAAGGUUUAGCCGUGUCUAUAUCAGAUAUAAGCAUUAAUUUCUUUUGUUUUUUCUUUAUGAAUUAUUAAUGACUUUCUGAAGCUCUCGUAAGCGACCACCGUCUAUUGUUUUACGAUGCGUACGCUUGCGAGAGCUCAUUCUCGUAAGCGACCAGCUCUAGUCACGACCACGUUUUUGAAUUUCCGAGGUGGUCGCUUACUAUAGCUUCGACUGUAUUUCUUUUGAUUUGUUACAUAACAGAAGAAACCAAUCUUUACCGUACUAGCAAUGCUAGCGUGAACCAGCGCGAAUGUUGUGGGCCUCAUAUAUUCACAGGAAAACUGCUUAUCAGGUCUUCGUUUUUCGGCUCUGAGUAUACUGUAAAUCAAAAAAAAUCUAUUUUUGGCCUCCAAAAUGGUGCCAUUUCAGUAAGAACAAGAAGUGCUAUUGUUGGGUCUAAUACAUUUAAAUUUUCUAAGGCUGAUUUGGACUCUUGGACUGAAAUGAGUUCCAGAAUGGGCUGGACUGGAUAUGUGAUUUAAGCCUUUUGGGUUCAGCUUAUGGUCAAAUGGCCUUAUGAGAGGCAAAAUUAGACUCUGCGAUCACGGGGCUAAAUUGGCAUUUUGGGACCGAAACAGAUCUUUUUAGUUUUACAGUGUGCGAUUUUUGGCAUUCUCAGACUUAAUAGGAGUAUCCUAGAGAGUAUUAUUAUCAUUUUUAAUCGUCGAUAUAAUCAUCAUUUUUGCGGGCGACAAGAGGAGCCCGUAAUCCUAAUAUCCAGGUUGCUACUACGCAUGCAUAUACCCUGAAGAAGGCAGCAUUGCCGAAACGUCGGUUUACGACUCUUUUGAACAGCGUCGAUUUCACAAUUUUCAAGUAAGGAAUAUAGCCAGCCUCGUUGUCACUUCCAUUAAGAAUGAAUGGAAUGCAUAGAGCGCAAUCUCAUCACGCGCGUGUGGACCUUCUAUCUGUGAAGCAAAAGCCUUUUGACCGUCGAACGUUGUCGCCCGCAAAAGCGCAUUCUGUCACCUUUGGUUAUUACCUUUGGUCAGUAUAUUACCUUUGGUCAGUAUAUCUUUUCUUACGCUUUUUAAUGAUUAUAGCCUUUUACACUUUUAGGGACGUAGAGGUCUUGGAUCAAUCUACGUGUUUGCUGCGGGCAAUGGAGGUGUCCUCGUCAAAGACAGUUGUGCAUUCAAUGGUUAUGUGAACAAUAUAUACACAAUUGCAAUAUCGGGUAUAAAGAGCGACGGUUCCAUUCCAGCAUUCGCAGAACCUUGUGCCGGCAUUAUGGCAGUAACUUACACAAAGGAUAUGUUUGGUACCAGAGAAGUGGUAGGUCAAUUAAUGAGUUCUAUAUAGAAGUACAACAGUUAAUAUUCGAGAGAAACUGAGGUUUUGUAAUUUCUUGUUUCAAGGCAGUGAUUGCUCUCUAGAUAGAGAAGAAGUAGAAGACAUAACCACGGUAGUUUUAAAAGCUACAGGCGCUGCUUUUAUUAGUUUCUAUGAGUGAAAAAUUAUAAGUAGAAAUAUGAGUGUAAAUUUGUGGUAAAAUAUACUCAGUAACUGACCUAGAUAUUAUAGUAAAGAACCAAAGAAUCUGGCAAGCUAGUUGACCAAUUAGAUUUGAAUGAAUUCAUCGACUUUCUUUUACGCAAAUCCACGGGUAAUUGAUAGUAGGUUUUGGGGAGAGGCAAAGGGAAUCUAGAAGAGAAACCCAUGAUCCUCAUUUGAAAGAUUUUUGGCAAAGGUAUUUAAACAUUUCGAUUGCAAGGAGCCUAAUUCGGCGUAUGGAAAGCCUGUCCCACCUUAUCUCUUGCAAUAAAGGGCCGGAGUUAGACUCAUAACUAGAAAAAGUGAUGAUCCUAGCUGCACGGUUUUGGAGUUUUCGAAGCUUCAGAGCCAGUUGUGAGCCGAUACCCUCCCAAAAAACGCUGCAAUAAUCAAAGUAUGGUUGGAUAAAAGAUUUGUACAUUGUUUGGGGGCUCGACUAGGGAACGAACUGAGUAUUUUCUUGUACUAUAAAUUUGCAAUCUCGUAGUCGAACUCCUUGGUUAAAAUUUUUAUCAUAAUUUAGCUGUAACCCACACACACUGUUUAAGAACUAGCGUGAUUUUGCUUGGCUGAACAGGUUCAUAAAUUUUUGGGUAUUAAAGUGGCAAAUUUCUUUCAGCAGGUUCCUAUACCACUAGGUUUUUACACGCAGGUUUUUAUUGUAUUGCCAAGAGAGAAGGUAUUGCCUAAUGAUAACUGCAGUACUUCUCAAAGUUUCGUGACCAUCAUGCUAAAAGCGAACAAGUUAUGAAACUUUUGGGAGUGUGUUUGAGCAACUGGCUAGCUAAGCGAUGGGGUACCGCAAGUCUACUUCUUACAUCUUGGUCUUUAUUCGUAUUGAUUUCUACAGCUCUUACAACCACAACUAACUCAUAACUCUAACUCUCCACUCAAUCCUAACUCUCUUACUAACAAGUCAAAUAGUAAUGGUUUUUAUAGCCAAAGCUGGACAUGUUUGAGUCAGCUGACCGUGGGAAUAAAAACAAGGUAAACUCGCGGCUGUGUGGGCUAUUCCUACAUGGUUGCGAUCGGCACACUAGAAGCUACAAACCAAUGAAAAACUAAAACGCCGGUUAACAAACCCAAACAGGAACUUCAACGCAACUAAUGAAUCAAAGUUAGCUCUAACAUCACAAACACGUCCAUCCAUGUAAAACGUACAUCUGCACCUGACAAUGGCAAGCGUAGAAUAUUCCUAAAUUGGCGUUAAGCAAACUCUCGAGCUAAGCAAAAAUUCAAGUACAAGUAAAAGCAAAAAAUUAAAACAGGAAAAUACCUAUGUGUACAAAAUCCAGACUAAUCUCACUAGGACCCACGUAAUGAAACAAAAACGAAACUUAAAAGAUGAGACAGAUCUUAAAAACUUAAAAACAAAACAAAGUUAAGAUCUUGUUUACCAGGGUCCGGAGAAAUUUUGAGCGGGCAGACGGAUCCCCCUUUCGUUCACACAGGACGCACGGAAUCGCGCACGUUAUCGAACGGUAAACUGUGCAAAUUUUUUACCUGAUCAGAAUUAGGUCAAAAUUUUUAACCUGUGUAUGAUUCCACUUUAACGCAGACUCGGGUAAACACCUGAGCCGUGUGCGUUUUUGCCCAGUUUAGUUUGCGCGGUAAAAGCCUGAACCCUACAAAUUACGUGCCGUCGAUAAGUCAGACUCGUGUAAAUAGUACUGUCGUGGAGUCGACUGUUAAACGCGAACACUAAAUCAACGCGAUAAAACACAGAAAUAUCAACUCAACUGUUCUCAACGCGUAAGAAUCAAAAUACAUGUGUUCAUUCCUCAUUGUCACGUGUUCAUUUAACUGUUAAUCAAAAUCGCACCUAAAACCGGAAGUGGAGGUACAAGUACUGUAAUCUGCAACAGAAUUUGCGCGGUUCAGUGUAGACGGUCUGAACAGGUAACAAACUCGUGUGUUGAAAACUUUGUCUGGAUCCGUGUAAACGGGGUCUAUGAAUAAUUCACAUGAUAGAAGAAUUGAUGAAUUGCUCUAUUAAAAAAAAAAAUUAUAUUGUACUCAUUUAUUGUUGGUCAUCUCAAUCAAGGUUGUGAUGUUUUAACUUUUUGUGGGCAAAGGUUAAUACGCCAAACAUUAAAAUCUUAUUUGUAAUUUACAGAUUACUGCUGAUACAAACAAGGCCUGCACAGGGAACUUUGGUGCCAGCUCAGCCGCUGCAGCGAUGGCCUCUGGACUCAUAGCCUUGAUGCUGAGUGCAAAGUGAGUUUUCCCUCUUAAAUUGUGGACAAUAAAACCAACAUAUGCCCUUGAUACUAUGUGUUAACUGUUCGCUUUUACAUUUCCUUGUACGAUUAUGGAUAUCCGUCUUACGAAAGUCAAUUUCGUUUGGUAUCUUCCUCAGUAUGUGUAUUUUGUAACCAGUGCCGGAUCCAGACCUUGAGAUAAGGUGGGGGGGGGGGGUCAUCCAGACCUUUAUAUAAGGGGGGUCCGAUCUCCAAAAUAAAUUUGUUCGGCUCUUCGGGCUUCAGUUUGGUCUAAAAAAGGCCCCUCGGGCCCCUCCCCUGGAUCCUUCUCUGGUAACCAACACUGCAGUAAUUCAAACUAUAUGUAAAGAGAGGGACUAGUUUUCAAGGCAGGUAAUAUGUUGCGAUUUUUAUGCUGUCGCUUUAGUUACGUUCUUUCACGGGUUGGGUAUUUACCUGUGUGCGAUUUUACUUGUACUUGGUAGGGUUAAGACCUGAGAUGUAUCACCAGACCUACUGGUGUUAAAAUGACGUUUCGAUGUCCGGAGUCGCGUCACACAAGAAUUACGUUUAAGGCCUUUAUUUUAGAGUUAGAGCUUAUCUAAUGUCGGAAGAGAGUUUCUUAGAUUUGUCAGCUCUGUGUAACACAGUUUCUUUGCUUUAAGUGGAGACCUCUCUUGGCGGGAUGUCCAGCACAUCAUUGUGCGCACUGCGCGGCCAGACCCUGUCAAUAUUAACGAUGGCCACUGGAACACCAAUAAAGCUGGUUUUAAAGGUAAAUGCUUGAAUUCUGUAUUAAGACAGAUGUUAAGUCCAAAUUGGUACAAACCUUUGUGUUUACUUUGAUGAAAUGCAGGCUUUUUUCCAGUCAGAGUCAGUUAUUUCUGGGGGGCAAAAGCGCUAAGGCCAUGCAUUCUUUGUUAAAUCCCGAGGUUUUAAUAUCAUAUUUUAAAGGGUAUUUGUUAUCAGUAUUCGGUAAUUCGUACAGAAACGUUUUGGAGAAGGGUAAUUGUGCUAUGUAUUGAUUAGAAAACAAGGAGUGUAUGGUACUGGGAAAAAAAAACGGGUAAACAAAGAUUCACCCUUAAAGUGAAUUACCAACAGCGGUUUUUAACAAAUUACACUGCUACCACACGCCAUGAAGACAAAAUCAGUUUUAUACUCGUACAUGAAUAUAAAUCAUGAGAAAAUUUAGACAGCUAAAUCUUGAGGCAAUCUGCCUCCGUGGUCACCGGGAGCGUGAGUUCUGAUGACAUUGAUUGAUUGAUCAUCAUCAUUAUCAUCAUCGUCAUCGUCAUCGUCAUCGUCAUCGUCAUCGUCAUCGUCAUCGUCAUCGUCAUCGUCAUCGUCAUCUUUAUUAUUAUUAUUAUUAUUAUUAUUAUUAUUAUUAUUAUUAUUAUUAUUAUUAUUAUUAUUUCAUUUGUCCUUUCUCUGACUUGUUUUCCGAUGCAGUUAAUGACUACGUUGGGUUUGGUCUCAUGGAUGCUAAGCAGAUGGUAGAUGUUGCAGUCAAAUGGAAAAGAGUUCCUAGCAUUGUUACUUGUACGAUCCCGCGUCGUAGCGUUAACCGGUAGGGCGUAGUGUAAAUUCCACCCCAAUGUCUUCAUUUUUUAGUACUAAAAAACUAGACUCAACAGCAUAUAUGGCCGCUGGUGGCUUAAGAACGUGACCGAGGAGAACAAAUAAACGGUUUAGGAUUACAAGUAAUAGAAUGCAACGGGCUUCAUAAUACCAUACCGAAAUUUUUAGGGAGUUAUUAUAACUCCAAAAAUGGAGUAAAAAUUUAAGGUACAGGAUAACCCCUUUUUUGGGGUUAUUUUAAAUCCUAAUUUAACUCCGAAUUUGGGGUCAUUUUUACUCCUGAAAAAGAGUUCUUUUUAAAUCCAGUCUGGAGUUAAAAUAACUCCGAAAUGGGGUUACUUUUAUUCUUACAUGGGUUGUUUUUACUCUUUUUGGGGUUAAUUUAACUCUGAAAGUGGAGUAAAAAUUUUAGGUACAGGAUAACUCCUUUUUUGUGGUUAAUAUAUGGGGUCACUUUUACUGCUGAAAAAGAGUUCUUUAACUCCUUUUUGGAGUUAAAAUAACUCCCCCGAAUAUUACUGUGCAGGAGAUUAGUAUUGACACUCAAUUUUUGUUUUCAUAUAUAUCUCCUUGUCUUUCAGUCGUAUCGGCUCUAGAGGGGCUUCCAAAGAAACAAUCGAUUUAAGUAAAUGGGAAGAUAUUUGCGGCGACAAAAUAAACUACCUUGAGCACGUUGAAGUCAGUGUCAACUUGACCUACACACUUCGUGGGGAGUUACUGAUAAAGCUCACGUCUCCUGAGGGAACUGUGUCCAACCUUACACACUACAGAGAGGCUGAUGCUGCGUUUGGAGCAAAGGACUUAAACUGGGUUCUCAUGACGUUACAUAACUGGGGAGAGACGUCAAUUGGGCCUUGGACGUUGACCAUGGAAAAUUCCCAUCCGGAUCAUAACAAUACGGGUAGGUUGGCAAUAUCGUGGAGACUGAACGUAAACGUGGAAUAAUCACUGAAAACUGUAGUUUAGUCUCGAUAAUUAGCGGGCCCGUAAAGCUGUUUUGGUUUACAUGCAAGAUAGAGGAUUCAAUAGUUUUGCAUCUAACAUGAUAAAACUAUCAGUUAAUGAACAAAAUGGAGUAGUUUGCUAGCCAGGACCAGCGCUCUUAUUCUUUAUAUUUCGAUUUGAAUAUUUGAGUUCGGACCCGAAAAGUUACGGGGACUUUCGAGAAACGGGCCCCUGGUAACUACCCGACGUGUGGCUUACUUCCCAGCCAGACUGUUUUGUGUGAUUCCAAUUUUGGGCAAAUCGCCUCUAUGAGAGCAAACUCACUUAGCAAUACAAAUUUAGACGCGUCAAGGCAUACAGUAAAACCUCGUGACUAAGAACCUGUUAGGGUAAAAUUUGCCAGUUGUAAGCCCUCUCCAUAUGAGAACCUGUUUAACCUAAAAUUUGAAUCAGGUUCUAGGGAAAAAAUUCUGUUCGUUUGUGCAAAUAAGAAAGUCAACAUUCUGAAUCCUCUUCGAGACAUACGUGCCUUAUCACUCCAACUGCAAUGUAAAUGCCAAUGUUUAAAUCAAAUAAAAUUGUUAUUGAUACAAUUACAAAUUAAAUACAGUCCUUCUUUUUAUGUUCAUUUUUAUAUAACUUCUAAUUUGGUAUGCAGAUUUUAAAUGAGGAAUAAGCUGAACCACUAAAUACUCUUAUCUAUAUUGCAUUUUUCUUCUUUCUAGACUUGUGCUAAUAACCAUUUAUAUAAGAGCCUGUUUUGGGUAACUUGGAAAAAUCCAGGUUCUUAGUCGCGGGGUGUUGCUGUAUUAUGGGUAAAGGACCUACUUCCAGUUGACAUGCGUCGCUCAAAAACGCCUUUCCUUAAGCUCCCUAAUAUUCAACCUAACCACUGAAAAAACCUGCGAGAUUUAUUUACGGUGUGUAAGUUGGAGUACUGAGGGAACGUCCUAUUUUCGUUUGCCCUGCUUUGUCCGGUUUUUACCCCUUUUGUUGUACAGUAAAAAACCCGCAUAAAAGAGCCCCUGGUUGUGGCAGCAGGCUGAAAUGUUUUUAAAUGGGCAUGGAUUGAAACCAAUUUCAUUCAUGCCUGCAAUAAUCACCAAAAAUUGUGGUUAUGGUUAGUGCUCCAUUAAACGACUAAACAAAUCCGGUAUCCAAAUGCUCCGCAUUUGCAACGAAUCCGGAAAACUCUCGCCUAGCCUUUUCGGGUUGUAAAUGAGGAUUUGUUAAGUCUAUUCUGUUUUGUUGUUAUUAUUGCUUGUUUUUUGGUCCUUUUCUCUGUUGAUUUACCAACAAUCUCUGUGUUUGAUGGCAAGGAAUUCUUUUCGACUGGACGUUGAUUUUGCAUGGGACAACGCUUCAUCCACAAUGGCUACUUCCAGGCAGUAGCCCAAAGCCAUCAACGAGUAAGAAACCAAGCAAGCCUGCAGGUGAGGCCCUGCUUAAUGGAAUGAUUUAUUUUCUAGCAUCGUCUGAUCAUUUCCUCAAUCAGCCUGAUAUCACCAUGUGUAAAUGUUACAGACCACAGCAAAAUUAGUUGUCUCUGAAAAUUUGAGUUUCAGUAGGCCAACAUUUCCCUAAACACUACUUGAUAAAUGGAAAAACGGGCUACACAAGUCAGGAUGACCAGCUUCUUUAACGUUUGAAUAGGCCAUUGCCCUAAUCCUCGAUCUGUUCCAAUGCGACGCUAACUGCGAAGAUAUUGAAAUGAAAUGAGGUUUUAUUUCAUUGCAAAAAUUAAAAUCAUUUUCACCAAAAAGGUUUUGCACUUAGGUUCGUUUUGAAAGUGAUGGUUAACGGAAUUCUUAUACACCGCGUGCGUCGCCUUGUAUCAGUAAACUGCAAUCAGUCAAACUCCCUAGUGACGUCACGACGAGUUUUCUCACAGGUGAUUCACAGGAAACAUCGGAACUCUUAAGCCUUUCCCGGAAAAUGUACAGAAUUUUAAUUGUUUUAUUUUAAACACAGCCUAUUUCGUCUUGACUUGAGACUCGAUGUAAUUUUAACAAGAGAGAGCGCUAUUUAAGUAUCAGCGAUGAUGUUAACAAAAUGAUACGCACCGCGCUCAUAUGGAGUCGCUCACGAAAGGCACUGUGACCUGGCGUAUUCAAAAGUCACGCUAGACGAUCCGUGAAUAAAUGGCCACUGCGCAGUCGAGUCUACUUCAGCGUUCUGUGAUGAAUAAGACAUUACUAAGAAGCUUUAGUGGCGAAAUUGCAAAUUUUUCUCUAUUCGAGGACUUGUAAUUCUCAUGAAAAGCUUAGGCACAAAAACCAAACCAAAUAUGGAAAGAUGAUCAGAAAGCCUCAGAGUCAUGGUGGAAUUUUGAUAUAUUGAACGUGAGCUAUUUGACAAGCGGCGGUCUGCUGAGAGUCAGGCUGCGGGUUCAAACUCCAGCCUUACCAUCUCUUAGGGGCCUUAAAAUAACUAAGAAGAAACUGCUGCCUUUGUACUGACUUCUGCAAAUGGUUAGACUUUGUUGUUUACUUGUAUAAUGUUCUGUAGGACGUGGGCCGUAGGUUCUGUUCUGUACGAGGGUGGCCGAUAUACAUACGCAAUUUGCUUUCCUUUACCUCGCUUCUUAUUGCUGGCUCAGUGAUGCUUGGAGCUCUUGUUUUUAUUCAUUCUUCUUACUGUUUGCAUAAGUUACGUUUUGUUAGAGGUGAUCACUGUUUUUCUCUUCAUUUUUGUUGGAAAGGAUCAACUCCUAAGUCUACCUCGGUUUCAACCGAAGAAUUGUUGGCGCAAACGGGGACAUCGCCACAGACAGGUGAGAUUUAAUCCUCUUCCACUUUUCUGUCAUUCAUACAAUCAAAGCCGAUGGCUUUUUUGUGGCAACCUUGUAACCUUUUGCCGCACCAUUGGUAGUUUGACUGAGUGGAGCAACUUGAAAACGUCGCGACCCAAUAGUUUGAGUCGAGUGGUAAAUGUGCUUGCGUAGGUUCCUACGCAGAUUACUCUCGAGAUUGAAAAUUUGGAUUAAGAUAUCAUUGAAAUGAUCUUUUAUUAUGCGAAAAAAAGGCCAAAAAUGCUAUGUUUUGAACUACUUAAUUCACUGUUGCGAUAAAGUAGAAGUAAAGUAAAGAAAUUUUGUGAACUAAAUGAGGUUUUUCUGGAAGUUAGCGUGCAGUGCAGGCGAAUUUUUUGCGGCUGGGGUGGGUUGGGGAAUGGGUGAGGGUAGGGAAAGAGAAAGGGAAAACCGUGCCGAUGAAGGAAAUUAAAUUACCGAGCAGCCCCAAAUUAUAUGCGCUCGAUCGCUUUUUUUGGAAUCCAUAAGAGCCCGAUGAAAAUCGAGUUCGGUUUAGCAUAAAACCGGAAAUUUACUUUCGACAACAACAUGCUUUAGUGAAAGCGUGUUUAAAGUUAUUUGAAAGAUAAGUUUAAGAGCCACUCUGGUAAACAAUUUUACUGCCCAACGCAAAAUCUGUUUCUACUGUCACGGCGGAAAGAUUCUUUUGGAAUUGUUCCUGCACACGUUUAUAGUCAAACGAGAUUAGUUUUGUCGUAGGUUGCAGAAGUUUCCUCGGAUCAUGCACUUGUGUGGUCGCAAAAUUGUCAUUCGUGGUUGUUUAAGCCGUAACUUUUCCCACAUUUAGUUUUAAUUCUCUAAAACGUAAAAAAAAAAAGAUACGCUUGCAACUCCGGAGAAAGCGAGUCCUUCGUUAAAAAAGAGAAACAAAUCGCCAUAUUUACUCCUUUAUAAUGAAUCGGUGUCAAUUCUCCUUCCGAAAGGACUGGAAAAACUGUGGCGGUGAUUGGCAGGUGGCAAUCGAUAUGUAACUGACCGAACCAAUCAGAGCCCCCGUCCAUUCAGUUUACAGGUUCGCCAAACGACAAUGGCCAGGUGUCGGCGUUUUAACUGACACAGCAGUUUCAUGACUAAAGCCAGCAAGUUGUUUGUGGCAGUUACAACUUGCUCCACUCAGACUGUCAAUCAAAAUACCAAUGGUGCGUUGGGGCGUUCAAAGUCGACAUUAAAAGAACAUCCGGCAGUUGGACCGUUAAGCUGUAACGGCAUUGGCUAGGAACUUCAAAACCGACCUGACGUGUUGGUUUGAGGAAAGUAAAGUGCGAGUAAUCCGCGAGGAUUAUCACACAUGCGUUUUUUCUUUCUUUUUGGAGACGCUGAGAGACUUGAUGUAGUAAGGGAUCACAACACGUUUUGUUUUAGCUGGAUGUGUUUGAUUUCGAAAUCUGGUCAGUCUUCUAGUUGCAGUGAAUCUCUGCCAUACGACCACUCCGGUAUUACGAACACUUUUCUCAAAGUCAAGUCGACUUCCCGCUAACUCGAAGCAAUUUUCAUUUCCCUUCAGAUCGUAUUUCAUAUAAUUUUACCCUCAAUAACUCGACCUCCCGAUAACUCGAACUGUUUUCUAUUACCCUUGAAGGAUCGAAUUAUCGUGAGUCGACUGUACGUUUAUUUCCUUAUUCUGCAACGUCGUUAUAUAGGACCAGACUGGUAUUAAAACCAAUGGCCACCUUUUUGAGUCCCCAGCCACAACGGUAUUUGCAGUUUUAGCUCGUUUAUUCGACCAGUCGAAUACCGGGUGAGGAUAAGUGAAGAAAUCAGCGUUUCAAACUGUAACCUUCUAACUGAAAGUCGUCGAAAGUUCAUUCUGAAUGAGAGUUUACUGUCAAGGCAGGUCAAGCGUACCCCCCCCCAGAUUCUAUUUUAAAUGAAUUGAUUAUUUGAAAAAUGAAUCCGUUAGUCGUUCCUGUAACUAGUGUCAAAUUCAAAUCGGCAUUACUGCAUGCAUAAUGAGCAGUGAACAUUUCAACGAGAACUUCUCUGUAUUUGGUCAGAUUGAAAAUCUUUGAAUGGAUAAAUUUGCCUCGAAGACAUUCACAUCAAAUUCAGGGAAACUGAGCUGGUAGAAAUUUCAUAACUGCUUCGCGUGAAUUCACGGCUCAUUACGCAUGCAAGAAUGCAGAAAUGAAUCUGAAAUCUACAACUACACCAAUGGAUUUAACUUUCGAAUAAAAAAUUCAUUAAUGGAAUCGAUGGGGGGGGGGGGGGGCGGUUUUUCAGACUUUGGCUGAAAUGUGGAGUGGGGGUUACGGGGCUUUUGAGGGGUAGAUUUAGAUUUAAAGGGGAAAAAUAUGUUUUAAAAGGGUUUACUCUUAUAAGGGGAGGGGGGGGGGGGGGGGGGGUACGUUUGUCCAGGCUUGACUGUAAGUGUAGUACGUGAUAUCAGGCUCUUUGAUGGUCAGAUUUGAAUUAUAAGUGGAAUGAUAUGAUUCAAAGAGGCUUACUGCUACAGGCUAAUGUGAUGAGGUUAUGGUCUGGUCUCGUGGUCGUAUUAACGGGUUAAGGGGUACAGUCAACACUCGCUUAACGGACACCUCCAGUAUAAGACGGACACCUCUCUUAGACAGACAUUUGGUGUUGGUCCCUGCCGUUUUUCAGUCAUUUUACUGUAACUUUACUCUCUACAAGACGGACAUCUCUCCAAGACGGACGACGGACACUUCUGAAACCUUCAACGGACAAUUUAUGUUGUGAAAAAUACUUCAAAACGAAAAUAUAGGUGCUUUAAAUGAAAGUAAAGUGCAAAAUGUUUGAUAUUUUGUAGUCUUGCUUCAGUUCCUACAGUUCGCAGAGUGUGUACUCUUUCGCCUUUACACCACGAAUCCACGAAGCCGUGAACGUUUGAUUACACAAUGGGAAAUAAUUCCUUUUCUCCUGUUACAAUGUUUCAGUUUUAGCAGUUUUGUACGAGUUAAACAGACGUGUAUUCACUGCGAAUAGGGUCCGCUUUAAGAUUACUGGUGUCACGUUACCUCGACUUUCUCGAUAAGCCGGACACCUCUCUAAGAUGGACAGUCAGGGCAGGUUCCGAAAGUGUCUGUCUUAGAGCGGGUUGUUCCUAUUCAAAAAUAAGGUCAAUGGAACCCACCCUUACUUUCUUUACUUCUGUGUGGCGACUCAAAAUUGUUUCAAGAUGCCAGAGUAGCCGCCUUUCGUUUGUCUUCUAAUGAAACUUUGUUUUCGUCCACUUAGAUUUGGCUGCUCGUGUUGGCUUAGGAGUUGGCUUGGGAGUUGGCAUUCUGCUGGUGGUGUUAGUCGUUGUAGCUGUUGUUGUUGUUGUGAGAAGAAAAAAAAACAGGUGACUGAGUUGACUUUAAUGUUACUGUUAAUAAAUCGUAUCGUUUCUUAGAAACAUGAAAGUCUCUGGGAUUGCAGCCUUUUGACCACCCAUGAAAUUCUUCGCUUAACCUGUAAAGGAAAACACACACACAAAAAAACUAAAAAAAGCUCUCAUGAUUUAAACUUAUAGACCCGCCUUAACAUUUUACUAUUUUUUCCUGUGGUGAGAUUUCGUAUGGUAGAAGAAAUUUUUUAGACAGAGUGGUGAAAAACACCUAUUUAAUUCAUUCACUUGCACAUUCGAUCAAGAAUCACGAUGAGCUUUUCAAAGAUUUGUACGUGAAUGAUAUAUCAAAAGGCGCAAACUUGACAAUCAUUUUGGGGUGAGACUUUUUUGCAAACGCCGUGAUGGCUUACUUAUUAUAGCGAGUGCUUAGCAAAGUGCUCGGUGUCACCAAAUGCGCUCCCCGAAUUGUUCAGAAUGUCGUUUUUUUCUUAUUCAACCACCAUGUUUUUGAUCGCCAAAACUCAGUUCAAUUUUAUUUUCUGCAUAUGUCAGCGAAAGGUCUAUGGGUGUAUACAUUUUUGCUGGCAUUUUUUUUAUUAAUUAGAGAAUUUAGAGCUCUGUUCAAAUACCUUUCUCUUCUUGGCGCCUUAUGAGCGAUUCGGGUAGACCUUUACCUCGGAAAGUUAUUUAUUUGGUUUUCAAACCCCUGUGUUGCUCAAGUGACCCCUGAUUCAGUAUCGAGGAAACUUUGCGGAAAGUCGAUACUUUACUCAAGUGUACCUCACUGAUCGGUCAGUUGACGGGACGACGGGAUGAUCUUAAAACGGAAGUAUAGUCGUUAUGACAUCUAAAGACAUGCAGUGGUGCGUAGUCUUGUUGAUACAUUCUUUUCUUUAGGAGAAAUAGAAAGGGGGUGUCAACCUGUGCAAGAGUCACAUUGGUGAGGACCGAGGAGGACUGCGUUGAACUAUAGCGACAACUUUUGUUUAGGAUUGCAAUAUGUUUCGUUGAUGAAACUCCUCAGCAUGUGUUGUAAACGUGCAAAAGAGCCACAUUAGUGAGUGACCGAGGAGGACAGCGUCUGAUUGUAGUGAGAAGUUGCUUUGGUAUGAAAUGUGCUUUGUUGACGAAACCGGUUAUUUACGAACGUAUCAAACUCACGGUUGGCGCAUCGAAAACUGAAUUGGGUAUUAAAGGGUAUUAAAUAACUGAGUACAGGUCAAAGAUAGGUCGAAAACCCUAAGUCGUUGGAGAAGCCGAACGAAUUACCUCAGUUUAUGCUCUCUUCUUGCUUUUGAAUGUAGGAUAGCAAUAUUUAUUUGUAAAGAAACAAAUUACAUUUUGUUCUGACCAGCAAAUAGCAGCAUAGUCCAGGCGGUCCAGUAUUAGCUAGAUCUGGCUAGACAACAGAACGAUUUAAUAUCGCGUUUACGUCAAUGGGCAAACGUCUAUUUGUACCACGUGACCAGGUUUUUCCUUAACAUGUACCUGCCGUUUACUGUUCUUUAUAUCUACACAGAAAUAAGUAGUUUCAAACCAGUUUUAUCCACAAGAGCAAGGAUUGGUAGAGUUGGCUUUUGCGCGGCCUUCUGUGCGGCAGGUCCCGAGUUCGAUUUCCAGGUGUGAUCUCAAACCCCUCUUUCGACUUUUCUCUUUUCCGAGUAGGUUUAAGUAGCUUUGAAAACCCGUUAAACGUAACACGGAUGGAGAGAGGGGGCACUAAAUUAAGCGCACCUUCGACCUCAGGUUUGUUAGUCAGAUCAUGACUAUUUCGAGCCACUGACGUGAAAUAAGGACCCUUUUAGCCUUUAUUUAAAAAUCACUUUGGACGGUUUUUAUCUGCUCAUUUCUUAGUUUGAGAAAUCGUCAACUUACAUCUGACGUUUGCCGUUUGCUAUAAACACGAUUCUAAAUCUCUCUAAUGUUAAUGCGUUCUCAAGUUUUAUUGUAAGUCACAAUCCGUAACGUAAUGGAUUUAGACUUAAUAAGACGCGAACUGUGUGUUAAGUUGGAGAAAGUCAAAGAGCUGUGACGACAUUGGAUCUUGGGCUGUAUUAGGGUCUUGUAAAUGUGUUUGUUCUUGUGCGAAUUCGGAGAUAAAAAUAGGCGCUGUUUUGUCAAAUUAGACUUAAGCUGACGAUCUUUUUUUUUUGUUUGAAUUUUGUUUAUGAAUCAUAAGCUAUUAGGUAUUUUUCUCGUGCUGGGUCCUGUUACUUGAGAAGUACAGGAACUUUUUUUUGCGAAGCAAUUUGAUUUUUGUUUCCCUAACUAGUAGUCCUUUUGUAUUACUUUCCAAACCGUUAAAACCUCGUUGUUGAAUGAAAUACGGCAACAGUAAGAUUACCGAGACUUUUAACGGACCGACCCAAAACGAGAAAUUCUUAAAGCACGUCUUACCAAGAAAAGCACGCCAAGCUGGAACAAUUUCUCGUUUUGGAAUAGCAGAGUGGUUCAAAACCAUUGUUUUUCAUUAAUGAGAGAGAGAAUAUGCCAAAAAAAUCAUUUGAUGAUAUGAGUUAUUAAGUUAUUGGCG